GUGCCGGGGGUGCGGGAGCCAAAGUGCCGGUCAGUGAUGGAGCCGCUGCCAUGACAACCCCGGGAAAUCAGCCUCCGCGCCGCCCAGGGAUGCUGCCGGCCGGCGCUGGGAUGCUGCUGCCGCCGCCACCACCUCGCCUGUCCUCCCACCGCUGAGGCCAGCUCCGGCAUCCCGACAUCCUGACAUCCUUCCCCUCAUCCUGCAUCCCAAUGUGCUGACAUCUCCCUCAUCUCCUGCAUCCCGGCAUCCUGGACCAACCCGCCUUUGGGACCUGACAGUGGGGCUGGAGGAGCAGAGGAACUGCCGGGCACCCCGCAGCCCUUUCCCCGUGGAGUGCCCGUGCGCAGCGGAGAUGCCACCUUCCCCAAAGCUAUGGACAACGUGACUGUGCGGCAAGGGGAGAGUGCCACGCUCAGGUGCUCCGUGGACAACCGAGUCACCCGAGUGGCCUGGCUGAACCGCAGCAGCAUCCUCUAUGCCGGCAAUGACAAGUGGUGCUUGGACCCUCGGGUGGUGCUCUUGGCCAACACCAAGACCCAGUACAGCAUCCAGAUCCAAGACGUGGAUGUGUACGACGAGGGCCCCUACACCUGCUCCGUGCAGACAGACAAUCACCCCAAGACAUCACGCGUCCACCUCAUCGUGCAAGUGUCUCCAAAAAUCACCGAGAUCUCUUCUGACAUCUCCAUCAAUGAGGGCGGCAACGUCAGCCUCACCUGCAUAGCCACAGGCAGGCCAGAUCCAACAAUCACCUGGAGACACAUCUCACCCAAAGCUGUGGGCUUCAUCAGUGAGGACGAGUACCUGGAGAUCACAGGCAUCACACGGGAGCAGUCGGGCGAGUACGAGUGCAGCGCGUCCAACGACGUGGCAGCUCCUGUCGUCCAGAGAGUCAAAGUCACUGUCAACUACCCACCCUACAUCUCGGAUGCAAAGAGCACCGGGGUGCCAGUGGGGCAGAAGGGAAUCCUACUGUGUGAAGCUUCUGCUGUGCCCUCUGCUGACUUCCAGUGGUACAAAGAUGACAAGAGGCUGGCUGAAGGACAGAAAGGACUGAAAGUGGAGAACAAAGCCUUCUUCUCCAGACUGACUUUCUUCAAUGUCUCUGAGCAGGACUAUGGCAACUACACCUGUGUAGCCUCCAACCAGCUAGGAAACACCAAUGCCAGCAUGAUCCUCUAUGAAGAGACAACUACUGCUCUGACACCCUGGAAAGGCCCGGGCGCAGUGCACGACGGCAACAACGGCGCAUGGCGGCGAGGCGGCUGCCUGUGGCUGCUGCUGCUGCUCCCUCUGGCCCAGCUCGCCCGCCAGUUUUGACCCCAGAGCCGGCCCGCGGAGUAGCGGCGGCGACGACCACGGCCAGCGAGCGCAAGCAGAAAGGAGAGGAAGAAGAAGAUGAAGUUGAUGAAGAUGAUGAUGAUUAUGAUGACAAUGAUGACGAUGAUGAUGAUGAUGAAGAAGAAGUGUUCACCGUUUCUGAAAAUAAUCAUAAGAAUUGAGAGAGUAUCCGGCCAGGCCACCCAGGGGAGGGGGAGAGAGAGGAUAAAACCACUCCAGGAAAAAACCCUCAACAGGAAUUUGGAAAGGAGAGGAAAAGGUGGGGGGGAGGGAAAAAAAUUACUAAUAAUCCAAGGCUUCCUGCUGAAGAUGCACCACGAUUCAAUUUCUCUUUGGUUUUCUUUUUGCCCUAUUUUUUUUUAGGUUGUUUGGGGUUUUUUUGGUUUCCCAGCCC